CAGUCAUCAGCUGACGGGUUUGUUUUGUUCCUUAAGGUGGACUCACCGUCCGAGUUUAGCUGGGGGGAAGGUGCGACGUAAGGCACCGUUCCUGAUAACUGAUUGUCUCGAAAGCUCUUGUUUUUAUUUAAUUUUAAAUCAUCCCCAAUAAGCUAUACAAUAAGUGCUUAAUCGGCGCCGCGAAACAGGCGUCUUGGCCUAAAAAGGGAAGCGGUGUUACCCCCGAAAAACAUGCCUUCCGAAAAGACGUUCAAACAAAGGAGGACAUUCGAACAAAGAGUGGAAGAUGUCAGACUGAUCCGAGAACAGCACCCCAACAAAAUUCCAGUCAUCAUCGAACGGUAUAAGGGAGAGAAGCAGCUGCCUGUUCUGGAUAAAACCAAGUUCCUGGUUCCUGACCACGUCAACAUGAGCGAGCUGAUCAAGAUCAUCAGGCGGCGCCUACAGCUGAACUCCAACCAGGCCUUCUUCCUGCUGGUGAAUGGCCACAGCAUGGUGUCUGUGUCCACAGCCAUCUCCGAGGUGUAUGAGCGCGAGAAGGAUGAGGAUGGCUUCCUUUACAUGGUCUACGCCUCACAGGAGACCUUCGGGCAGGACCCCCUCCUGUAACUGCCCCCCACUACCCCUCUUCGGUGGUCACGCCCUGAAACUGACAACAGUUAGCCAACCCCAAGUCCCAUCCCUAAAUUUCUGUCCUUACCUAUACCCCCUCUUCCUUCUUAUUAUAAACGUCACAGAGAGCCCUCCUUCCUGCCAAAGAAACCCCACUGACGGAGCCCCGAAAUCCUGUCCCUGGCCAGCAUACUGGGGCAAAACAGGUUCUACACGAAAGCACCGGUAGAUCCAUCACACAAGCGAGAGGUUUGGUGAGGCUUCUACAGUGCUCUUCAGCCACUGUUCAGCUGGAAAAAAACAACCAUCUCAUGGAAACAGACUCUCCCCCUCCCCUACCCGCCCCCCCUCCCCUCCCCCCGCUUAGAGAGCUGAGUCACCAACCAUGUUUACACCAAGUAACUAAUGUUGUUGUAGGCAUGUUUCGUGAGAAGCUGUAGUGAAGCCGGAGCCCCAUGCUGGCCGCUGAGCUGCACUGCGCUCUUUCUCUCUGGCUGCUGGUGGCACUAGUCUACAGAUGGCUCCGCCCCCUAAGAACCUUUAUGCAGUGCUGAAGGGGGGGUGGUGGUGAUGGUGACCAUUCACCUUCCCGCUUCUUAAUUUCUUUAUUAGGUCUCUGGGGUCUUCAUUUUAGGGAAAAAAAAGAUGCAAAAUAUCCCCAACUACUCAGCAAAAAUGUGGAACUCUGGGUAACAUUCACUGUGCUGCCGAACUCUUCGUAGACUGUAGAGUAGCAGAGUAGGAUAAUAAUGCGUCUCGGUAAGAAGUGGAAAUGUAAAAUAGACUGAUUGAUAUAUAAAGUAAUCAGCAUGAAUGGAAUGCAACAUACCUAAGAGGGUUCAGGAGGCUGUGGAGCAGGUCUGGGCAUCUGCUCAUGGCAACUGAAGUGCAUGACCCCCUGGCUAAGAUAUAGCUGCCCCCUAGUGUGCUUUUACGGUAUUUAAUUUCGUCAUGUCUGCCAUUUUUACCCCUUUAAAUGUGUGCUGUACCUUUUGCUUUGUUUUGGACACCCUUUCCUUUGCAGGCAAGAUGCCUUUUAUCUUAAGCUUUCUUGGAAGUUAAUCUUUUUUUUUAUUUGUUUUUAUUCUGUGAUAUUUUCUCUGUGUAAAAAUAAGGUUUAAUUGUGGUGUAGUUCAUCAUGGAAGACAUGAAUGUGCGACUGCCCUAACACUGAGGAACUGUUUCAUCCCUACUGGUCUGUCUCUCUGCAAACCCCCCUCCCCAAAUUUACUGCUAAAUGUUCAUAUUCACAGCAAUACUACAUCCUUUCUCUUGUAUUUAUGCUGGUAUUUUAAGAAAUAAAAGAGAACAAUAUA